GUUGACAAUUUGUGUGCUAAAUGUAUUGUUUUGGAAAGUCUUAUCACCCUUUUCACCGUGAUUUCCCAAAAAUUCUCACCUGAUUCUUCUCUUUAUCGCAACCCGAAUUGAUCUCGCACAAGAAGGCUGUCUCUCUGUCACAUCUCAGCAUGUCCGGAGUCGACGAGGAGACGGUCGACGCUGGGGCGGAGGAAGUGCCCAAGGGGGAGGCAAAUGAGGUUGUUUCCGCUGAGCCGGCAAAAGCUGUGAAUAGUGAGGAGCAAAGUGAGUGGUGUGACUUCGAGUGCGGCAGAAGUAUUGAGUGCUUCGACGGAUUUGGGUGGGAAGAAGACAAUGAGUGUGGAGUACGCUAAGCACGUUGUGAGGGAUGAAAGUGGGGCGGCAAUUUACGUGGAUCCCAGCACAAAGUUGAAAUAUCGCUGGUGCGAGGAGGCAAAUGAGUGGGUGAUGCAAGCGGCGACGGAGACGGAGCACUAUUGCUGGUGUGCGAAGGAGGAGCGGCUUGAGAAUGAGUUCUACACGUGGUCGAGUGAGAGGGGUGAGUGGGUGCCCAGCGGGGGAAAAAAUGGGGAAUAUGUGGACAAGGACGGCGUGCGGUAUGCUUGGGAUGCGGAAAAGAGCGCCUGGUUCCCUGCAAUCGAUGAGGAUUUUAUGGCACACUACCAGAUGAAUUAUGGAUUUGUCGAGAAUACGGGUGAGGUGUCGAAGGGGGUGGAGCAGCCGGUGGUGGCCAAGCCGGAGACUCCGGCCAGUGAGCCGAACUGUGGGAUGAAGAAGAAAACACCGCAGGAACCACCGAAAUGGUUUGAUUUACCACCAGAGCAAAACACUAAAGUUUACGUGUCGAAUUUGCCGGAGGACAUCACGGAGGAGGAUGAGUUUGUGAGUGUCAUGUCCAAGUGUGGCAUGAUUAUGCGGGAUAUUCAGACGCAAAAGCUCAAAGUGAAAUUGUACAUGGAGACAGAUGGGCAGCUUAAGGGUGACGGAUUAUGUGACUAUAUUAAGGUGGAAUCCGUGAAGUUGGCGCUCAACAUUCUCGAUAGCUAUGAAUUGCGUGGCAAGAAGUUGACAAUGCAGAGAGCGCAAUUUCACAUGCGUGGUAAAUACAAUCCGGCAUUGAAGCAGAAGAAGAAGAAGAAGGACAAGGAGAAAAUGAAGAAGAUAAAGGAGAAAUUGUUCGACUGGCGCCCGGACAAGAUGCGUGGCGAGCGGGCGCGGCAUGAAAAGGGGGUGGUGGUGAAAAAUUUAUUCGCCCUCGAGACCUUCGACAAGGAAGUCCAAUUAAUUCUUGAGUAUCAAAGCGACUUGAGGGAGGAGUGCACAAAGUGUGGAACCGUUCGCAAAGUUGCUAUAUACGAUAGACACGCCGAAGGAGUCGCUCAGGUGACAAUGGCCGAUCCAGAGGAUCCGGAGGAUGAACGAUUCUUCGGCAAGAGGAAAUUGGCGGCUGAGAUUUAGGACGGAAAGAAGAAAUUCAAAAUUGUGGAGACGGAAACGGAAGCCCAGGAGAGAUUGAAAAUGUGGGAUAAGUAUUUGGAGCAGAAGGAAACCGAAAGGGAGGAAAAUGACAGUAAAUAAUUUGUGUAAAAUAUAUACUAUUUUCAUUAAACAGAGAAUUUUUAUCAAUUUGUAACCGAUGAAUGUUUAAUUUUAAAGCAGAUUAUAGGAAGUAU